CCAAAUAGAGUUGGUUUUUCUGCGUCUUUUUCCACGGAAGCUGUUAAUUAAUUAACAAUUUGUUCACUCAAGCAGAGGCUUUAAUUAAAAAGUGUUCUUAAAAGUGUUUCGCUCGUCGUGAUCCAAAAAAGUCGUAGACCAGGUGCAACAGGUGCCGAUCGCAAGUGAAAGCCAGUUGAAAAGCUAAAAGAAAAAUCCACAGAAUGCCGCCCGUGCAAGUCCAGGCAGCAAACAUGUCGCUGGGUGCAAUGCAUUGCACUCGUUGCGCCGAUGGAUUCGAACCUACCGAAAAGAUUGUCAACUCUAAUGGAGAACUCUGGCACACCCAAUGCUUUGUGUGUGCUCAGUGCUUUCGACCCUUCCAGGAUGGCAUCUUCUACGAGUUCGAAGGCCGAAAGUACUGUGAGCGCGACUUUCACGUGCUUUUUGCGCCCUGUUGCAACAAGUGCGGCGAGUUCGUCAUCGGGCGGGUCAUCAAGGCAAUGUCAGCCAGCUGGCAUCCACAGUGCUUCCGCUGCCAACUGUGCGCCAAGGAGCUGGCCGACUGCGGGUUUAUCAAGAACCAGAACCGCGCCUUGUGCCACGAGUGCAAUGCCAAGGUUAAGGCGGAGAUCACCGGCCGCUAUGUAUGCCAAAAAUGCCACGGCCUCAUCGACGAGGAGCCAUUGCGAUUCCGGGGCGAAGUCUACCACGGCUAUCACUUCAGUUGCACGGCCUGUGGUACCGAACUGGAUUCGACGGCUCGAGAGGUCAAGAGUCGACCAGGAUUGGCUGCAAACGAUAUGAACGAAUUGUAUUGUCUCCGUUGCCACGAUAAAAUGGGUAUUCCCAUAUGUGGCGCCUGUCGUCGGCCAAUUGAGGAGCGCGUGGUCACGGCGUUGGGCAAGCAUUGGCAUGUGGAGCACUUUGUGUGCGCCAAGUGCGAGAAGCCCUUCCUGGGACACCGGCACUACGAGAAACGGGGAUUGGCCUACUGCGAGACGCACUAUCAUCAGCUCUUCGGUAACCUGUGCUUCGUCUGCAACCAGGUCAUCGGAGGCGAUGUUUUCACUGCCCUCAACAAGGCCUGGUGUGUUCACCACUUUGCCUGCUCUGUGUGCGAUACGAAGAUGACACAGAAGUCCAAGUUCUACGAGUACGACGAAAAGCCGGUGUGCAAAAAGUGCUAUGAGCGCUUCCCCAACGAGCUGCGACGUCGCCUGCGCACCGCCCACGAAAUGACUAUGAAGAAGAACGUUUAAUUGCCCGGAACCAUAGCCUUGGAGCCACACCAAACAGUGCCUUGUCGUUGUUGACCCGCUUUCUCUACCAUUUAACAUUCGAGAAACAAAAACCAAACUAAAACCCUU